AUGGCAGGCGUGGCGUUCGACUGGCGGGCGCUGGCCGAUGAUGGUGCCAUCUUCUAUUACCUCUUGAUUCCUGCUCUCAUCGCGGUAACGACGAUGCUGUUCCGCCACAUCUGGGGUAAGAAGACGCAAAAGAAUCUUCGUGACCUGCCGAAACCUGAACUGAAAAAACACGAAAUUGAAGCAGAGGCACCUGCCGAAACCCAAGGCAACGAGCUGAAGGAGCGCGAGAAGGAGGCCCUUGAGAAGGAGAGGUGCGAGAAGCAGGAGCGCGAGAAGGAGAGGCGUGAGAAGGAGGCCUGCGAGAAGGAGAGACGCGAGGAGGAGAGACGCGAGAAGGAGAGGCUCGAGCAGGAGAGGCUCGAGCAGGAGAAGCGUGAGCCGCAGAAGCGCGAGCAGGAAGCCCGCGAGAAGGAGAGGCGCGACGAGGAGGAGAGGCGCGAGAAGGAGGCCCGUGAGAAGGAGGCGCGUGAGACCGAGAGAUGCGAGAAGGAGAGGCGCGAGGAGGCGCGACGCGAGAAGGAGAGGCUCGAGCAGGAGAGGAGCGAGCAGGAGAAGCGUGAGCAACAGAAGUGCGAGGACGAAGCGCGCGAGCAGGAGGCCCGUGAGAAGGAGAGGUGCGAGAAGCAGGAGCGCGAGAAGGAGAGGCGUGAGAAGGAGGCCUGCGAGAAGGAGAGGCGCCAGGCGGAGGAGAGGCGCGAGCAGGAGAAGCGCGAGCAGCAGAAGCGCGAGCAGGAGAAGCGUGAGCAGGAGGCCCGUGAGAAGGAGAGACUCGAGCGGAAGCAGCGCGAGCAGGAGAUGCGCGAGAACGAGAGGCGCGAGAAGGAGCUGCUCGAACAUGAGGCGCGUGAGAAGGAGAGGCGCGAGCAGGUGGAGCGCAAGCAGCAGGCGCGCAAGCAGGAGAGGCUCGUGCAGGAGGCGCGCGAGACCGAGAAGCGCGAGGCGGAGAGGCGCGAGCAAGAGGUCCGUGAGAAGGAGAGACUCGAGCGGGCGGAGCGCGAGCAAGAGAAGCGCGAGCGGGAGGCCCGCGAGCAGGAGCAGCGCGAGCAGGAGGCGCACGAUAAGGAGGCCCGCGAGAACGAGAAACGCGAGACGAAGAGGCGCGAGAAGGAGAGGCUCGAGCAGGAGAAGCACGAGGAGGAGAAGCGCAAGCGGCAGGCGGGCGAGCAGGAACGGCGCGAGCAGGAGAAAGGCGAGCAAGAGGCGGCCGUGAAGGAGAAGCGCAAAGAAAAGGCACCUGCCGCAAAUAAAAAGGCCGACGGGAUGACCCGCGAAUUGUGGACGGUGUUGGCGGUGUGCGCGGCCCUCGACGACAAGAUGUUCGCCGGCGUGCCGGGCCACUGGGAGCGCAAGCUGCGCCUGGCCAUCCGCGCCUGGAAGAAGUCCGUGAAGGGCAGCACGCCGACCGAACAAAACCUCAAGAUCACCCUGGUGCUCAUGAGCCAUUCGGUGGUCAUCGUCGCGGAGGAGCAGCUGCGCAACGCGAAGCCCAAACCACCACCACCACCACCAGCACCCUUCCCCCGGCGGUUGCGGCUGCGUGGUGCAGGCGGGUUUUUGGACGCCCACGCCAUGAAGAUCAUCCACCACAUAUACACGGUGUUCACCGGUCGCCUGUCGAGCUCGCUGUUCGGCGACACCUUGGAGAGGAACCUCGACGACGAGCUGCACGACGGCAUCGAGCAGUGGCAGCGCUUCAUCGCACUGCAUUCGAUGCGCCCCGACGCGACGCAAGAAAAACUCCAGGAGAUUGCGCAGAAGGCCCAUGACAGGGCGCUUCCAGUCCUGCUGGAGGCGCUGCAGCAGCAGGACGACGAUGAGGAUGUCGACGGCCCGGUGAAGGUGGAGGUGUGGAUCCCGCCCCUUGGCCCGUCUCCCCGUCCCACCAACCACUGCCGCAACGCCGACACGAUCUACGAGACGGUGUGCGUGUAUUUUGACAGCCACGGCAUGGCCGACGGCGAGGCGGCCAAGAUCUUGGAGACGCUCAAGAGUCAAUUCGAGACGGAGCUGAACGUGAUGGGCCACAAGAAAAACGAUGUGGCUGAUAUUGCCGUCCACACGUUCCGCGACGACACGGCUGCCGGGGACCCGCAGCUCCGCGGCGUCAUCGUGUUCUUGACGAACUUGGCCGUCCUCCAGAGUUUGGAGCACGUGCGCCUGGGCGCCGGCUUCUUCCACGUGCAAAAGACCGACGACCCGCGCGACGUGAAGGUGGUCGACAAGUUGCGUGCCGAGAUUGGCGACGGCACGGAGGGCGAGGAGUGGCGCCACGAUCCGGGCCCCGUGCCCGCCGCUUUCUACCGCAUGGUUGCCAACGGGAAGCUGACGGCCAAAUGGAACGCGGUGAACUUGCGCCAUAGGCCCCCCCAAAUCCUCGACCGAGCCCACCUUGAAGAGGGCCAGAGACGUCGGGGUCGCCGGCUUGAAGACGUGAGAUUAUCUGGCCUGCGAAAUGGUGGAAUC